AUGGCCAAGUCGAAAGCCGGCGACGACGGGUCGGCGAUGAAGAAAAGGAAGGCGCCGAGCAACCCCGACGUCGGCGGCGCCAAGUCCAAGAAGGUCGCGGGCGCGUCGGCGAAAAAGCGCGGCGGGGCGACGGCGGAGCAGCGAUGGCGACCGAUGCCCGUGCGGCUCGACUUUGGGUCGGCGUUCUGCAGGCACGUGUUCCUCCGCGCGCCGUCCAAGGGUGCGGACGGCGCGGAGGAGGGUACCGCGCUCUUCGUCGCGGCCGUGCCCCCGGGGUGGAGCAAGUCGACGCUGCGCGAGUUCAUGUCGCGGUUCGGCGACGUCGCGGACGCGUCCCUCGUGACGCUCGACUCCGCGCCCGACGUGGCGGGAGGCUUGGUGCGCUUCGCGGACGCGAGGGGGACGAAGAAAGCGCUGGCGGCGGCGGUGCGCGGAGGCGCGCCGCUCGACCCGCCGGACAGCACGGCGCGCGCGGUCGGGCUCGAGUCCUGGGUGGCGGACUUCAGGGACGCCGCCCCGCCCCCGGAGGUGCUCCAAUCGCGGAUAGACGAGUGGUUCGUCGAGUUUGAGGCGGAGGCGGCGCGAAAAGAGGCGGCGGCGAGGGCGACGGGAGGGGACGACGGCUGGACCGUCGUGGAGGCGAAGCGCGGCAGGCGCAAGACGACGGACGGCGAGGGAACCAGCGUCGGGGGCAUCCGCGCGGCGACGGCGGACGCGCGGCGCACCGACGGGCCGAAGAUUCGGGAAAACUUUUACCGAUUUCAGCAGCGGGAGAAGCGGCGGAACGAGCUCUUCGAGCUGAAGCGGGCGUUCGCGGCGGACAAGGACAGGGUCGCCAAGCUCAAGGCCAGUCGCAAGUUCAAGCCCAUGUGA